GAAAGUCCAAGACCUCGAAGCAGGAUGGGCCGCGCUCGCAAGGUCAUUCACGACGUGAUCGCGCACACACGAGGCCUGGUGCGCAACAGAGGCAUUGAAGACCCUGGCUGGCUUGAAUGUGUUGCCCGGUACCCGCCUCCCCCCAUGCCGCACGUGGACCGUGAAAAGAUCCCGAAGAUCCGCUUUCCCCAAGAUCGACUGGCCGAGCUGUACGCGGCGAAGAGCGGCUUCGCCACGGACGACGAAACCGCGUACGAAUUUGCCGACGAACAAUUGACGUUGAUCGAGAUGGGCAUCCCGGAGAAGGAAGCGUACGCGACGCUCGCGAAGAAGUACGAGAAAGUCGAGGCCGAGCGAUUUUUGCAGAAUUUUUACCAAAUGCGCGGCCAACCGUUCAUCCCGAGCACCAAGCCCGAAGAAAUGGCGAAGCGGUGGGAAGAAGACGAAGCAGCGGCGAUCAAGGAAGGUAUGCGCAUGGAAUUCGAAGACAACCAGGAACUCCAUUCGGACGAUUGGGUCAUUCGCAAGUAGAUAGGCGCACAAUAGGCGAGGAAAUGUGGUAUGUCGACAUGGGUACCCACGUCACUGCGGCUACAUACACACUAGUACUUUUGCUUUGGACU